GGACAUGACUAAUUCGAAAAUAUCUCUGCUCAGGUCUUUUCCGUUACCGAGAUAAGAGACAUUAUUUCCUAAAAACUGACUCUUAUUUAUCGUUCCGAAGGCAAGAUUUUUUGGUGAAAUUGAUUACUUAGGCAGCUGUAACUUUGUACUUAAAGGCAGUUGUAAUUUUAUAAAAACGUCAUAAAAAAUGGUUAUAGGUAACUGGCAGAAAAGGUAGUUAUUUUACGGAUAACGCCUCCUAUCUCGGUAACGGAAAAGACCUGAGCAGAGAUAUUUUCGAAUUAGUCAUGUCCUUAUGCUUAUAAGUAACUUACAAAAAAAAUUUUUCUUCAACUCGUCUGCAAAAAAAGUCCAGCCAAAUCUAUUUCGACUCGAUAUGACAACAAGCAUCUAGAGAUCAGCCAAAACUCAAAUCGACCAAUAGACAAGAAACACCGACACGACAAGUAUCGCUUCAGCGUCUAGAACGUCGACCAUAACUGAAUGUUCCGUACUCGAACCAUCGAUUUCAAAGAGGUACGGCAACGACUUUUAACAGUUACACAAACAUUUCAUCAUAUAGACUGCCGUCUUAUGCUCGUCGUCCUGCGGAAGGACGUGCACAAAAGCAAGGAAAACCGACAAAAUUCUGUCCUUCAUCACGACAUAUUGCACGCAAUAAACAACAAUCACUUGUACCAUUAAUAACCACAUCGAAUCGCUUCGAUCCAUUGGGAUACGAUGCAUUAGUAUUGCGAUCCGCAUCUCAUUCCGUCUGGGUGAUUAGAAGGACGAGACUUUUUGUAAAUGUCCGAUUAAAAAUUGAUGUUCAGAAGGAACGUAUCUUUUCAAGAUUUCCAUUUUUUAUUGAACAUGAUUCUUAUAAAACCAAGAAAUAUUGUGUAAAAGAAACGAAAACGGAAUAA